AUGGGAUCAUUCAAACAGAGGAAACAGAAGUCCAUCGUGGUCACUGUGAUGUUGCUCAUUGUGUCUGUGCUCAUCCUUGUCUUCGGACUGGCAGCCACCACCAGGACACAGAACAUCACCGUCGGUGGCUACUACCCAGGAGUCCUUCUGGGCUUAGGCUCCUUUCUCGGAAUCAUCGGAGCCCAUUUGAUAGAAAAUAAGAGGCAGAUGCUGGUGGCGUCCAUUAUGUUCAUCAGUUUCGGAGUGGUGGCUGCCUUCUGCUGUGCCAUUGUGGAUGGGGUGUUUGCAGCAAGACACAUUGACCUUAGACCCUACUACGCCGGUCGCUGUGAUUUCCACGCGAAUUCAAAACCCUCUGUUGAUUAUGAAGAUGUUCACUGCCAGACAGCAUCCCGGGCUACCUGUAACUUACGUGUGAAAUCCAAUACCUGUUACUGCUGUGACCUCUACAACUGUGGCAACCGUAUGGAGCUUAUGGGGGGCUACCAUGAGUACACAGAGGUGGGGAGCUGCGAGGAUGUGGUGCACCUCUACCACCUGCUGUGGUCCGUCAUCAUUCUCAACAUUGUCGCUCUCUUCCUGGGCAUCAUUACCGCCGCCGUGCUGGGAGGUUUCAAGGACUUGACGCCCAUGUUGACCCCUGACUCGUGUGAAUCAGAGCCCCUUCCUGCAGCCUCUUUCCCCUUAGAGUUUCCAGUUCCCAGCACCCCCCCGUUCAACUCCUACUACAACACUGCCCCCUACCUGCCACCCUACACUGCCUACGACCUGCAGGGCUCCAGCAUGAUGUUCCCUGACUCUUCUGGCCUGUCUGAUGACUCCCAGUCAGGGGCUAGUCGCAUAGGGGCUAGCCGCAUGUGGCCCACCCUGGUCCCCCCAAGCUACUCUCCCCCUUACUCCCCCUCCGAUGAGAAGCCCCCACCAUACAGCCCCUAG